AUGACAGGAAUACUCCUCUCCGUGCCCGACCACCACAUCAAAAACUUCUUCACUGCGCGGUCUGCGCAGAAGGAGCAUGCCCUGCAGCACCAUAUGGGAAUGUCGGACGACGACAAAACCUUCCAAGAAUAUGUGGAUAUCAUGACUGCCUGUGCCUUGCGAGUUCUCGAUAAAGAUCUCACGUGGAAGAUGCAGCGUUCGAGUAAACGGAGGCUAUUUAUUGUCGAAGUUCGCAAAGCGCUCCCCGUGAUGUCCACCUACAAAAACAGCUGGCCCGUUCCAAUCUUCGGUGCAAUAUACUUAAGACACACGAGAAGUUUUCAGAACGGAAGGAGAAAGGGCGGCUUGCAAGAUCAGUCUCACAAGGAAGGCUUGCAGCGAUCCAUUUCAAGGGAUGCUCGCACGCCUCCUGUAGCUGGGCCGGAAUCGGGUCUCGAAAGGCACGAGACCCCGUCUCAACUCCUUCGUCGUUCGUCAAUAAGCGAGCCCGAUGCUCCCGAUGACAGUGACGAGUCCGUCCUUGUCUUCCUGCGCUCCCUCGCUAUGCCUCUGGAUCACCUUCUCCCCGACUUCCGCGCUAUCGGCGUCCUGGACCACUCGUCCCUGCUUGUUGUCGCGUCCCUUCCAGAUCGCGGAGACUGGCUUUUCCGGGCCCUGCAGGGCCGGAUCACCUGUCUGCAGCUGAAGCUGAUCGUGGACGGGUUGGACAAGGUCUCCGACGACACGUAG